CUGGAGAGCUCGGCCCUCGAAAGAGCGGGAGGACAGCAGAGAGGGGUGUGUUGGGAAGUGCAAGGGCCUGCAGAUCUCUAUGAGAGAGCCAGAGGCUGAAGCGCACCUCCUCAGAGAUCGCCCUGGAGCUCUGGGAGUCCUCGCGCCCCGCGUGCGCGCCCGGCUGCUCCGCGCACCUGCGGCGGGCCCCGCGCGGGUCUGAGCGGCGGGCGGGCCGCGCGCACAGGUGGCGGCGAUUGGGCAGGCGGGGCCCGGAGGGUGACGUCACGAGCUCCGGUCCCGGCGGCAGAAAUAGGGCAGCCGCGGCGGCGGUGGUACGGCGGCGGCGGUUCACGGAGCUGGAGCCGAGACAGCCUCCUGCGCGUCCGGGACCCGCCGACAGCCGGAGAGACCGACCGAAGGACGCGGGGUCGGGUCGCCGCCACCGCCGCCUCAGGCGCUCCUGUCUGACCGCGUCCGGCCACCUGGUCUUCCCUCGGCCGCGGCCACCUCAGACUCCACGAAAUGAAACGGGGACACUUAUGGCUGCAUCUCGUGCUGCUUGGGGCCUCCCUGCCAGCUGCGCUGGGAUGGAUGGACCCAGGACCCAGCAGAGGCCUGAACAUGGGUGUGGGUAACCCACAGAUGGAGGAGUCCAGAAGCUUUGAAGUCACAAGAAGAGAAGCAGGACUUUCUGAUGGGCUGCCAGCCUCCUGUGGGAAGAAGUUCUGCAGCCGCGGGAGCAGGUGCAUGCUCAGCAGAGAGACCGGGGAGCCCGAAUGCCAGUGCCUGGAGGCAUGCAGGCCCAGCUACAUGCCCGUGUGUGGCUCCGAUGGGAGGUUUUAUGAGAAUCACUGUGAACUCCACCGAGCCGCCUGCCUGCUGGAGAGGAAUAUUGUCAUUGUCCACAGCAAAGACUGUUUCCUUAAAGAUGACCCGUGCACCAUGGCUGACUAUGGCCGCCUGAAGAAUGUCCUUCUGGCACUCCAGGCCCACCGGCGGCCACUCCCAGACAGGGACAGCAGACAGGAUCCUGCCUCCCAGAAGCGCCUGCUGGUGGAAUCUCUGUUCACGGACUUGGAUGCCGACGGGGAUGGCCGUCUCAACAGCUCUGAGCUGGCGCAGCACGUGCUGAAGGAGCAGGAUCUGGCGGACAACUUCCUGGGGUGCUCACCCGGCGACCUCCUCCGAUUUGAUGACUACAACAGUGAUGGCUCCCUGACCCUCCUCGAGCUCUACACAGCCUUCCAGGUGGUUCAGCUCAGCCUCGCACCCGAGGAGAGGGUCAGCGUGGCCACAGUGACUGUGGGGCUGAGUACCGUGCUGACCUGCGCUAUCCGUGGAGAGCUGCGGCCCCCCAUCGUCUGGAAGCGCAACGGGCUUGCCCUCAACUUCAUGGCCUUGGAAGACAUCAAUGACUUUGGAGAGGACAACUCCCUCUACAUCACCAAAGUGACCACCGUCCACAUGGGCAACUACACGUGCCACGCCUCCGGCCACGAGGAGCUCUUCCAGACCCACGUCCUGCAGGUGAAUGUGCCACCAGUCAUCCGCGUGUAUCCAGAGACCCAGGCACAGGAGCCUGGGGUGGCAGCCAGUCUGAGGUGUCACGCAGAGGGCAUUCCUAUGCCUAGAAUCACUUGGCUGAAAAAUGGCAUGGAUGUCUCAACCCAGAUGUCGAAACAGCUUUCCCUAUUAGCCAAUGGGAGUGAACUGCACAUCGGCAGUGUUCGGUAUGAAGACACAGGGGCGUAUACCUGCAUCGCCAGAAACGAAGUGGGCGUGGACGAGGAUAUCUCCUCACUUUUCAUUGAAGACUCAGCUAGAAAGACCCUUGCAAACAUUCUGUGGCGAGAGGAAGGCCUCAGUGUGGGGAACAUGUUCUACGUCUUCUCUGACGAUGGCAUCAUCAUCCUGCACCCCGUGGACUGUGAGAUCCAGAGGCACCUCCAACCCACCGAGAAGAUCUUCAUGAGCUUUGAAGAAAUCUGUCCCCAAGAGGAAGGAAAUGCCACCCAGCCAUGCCAGUGGGCCUCGGCCGUGAACGUCCGGCACCGGUACAUCUACGUGGCCCAGCCAGCACUGAACAGAGUCCUUGUGGUUGACGUGCAAGCCCAGAAAGUCCUACAGUCCAUAGGUGUGGACCCUCUGCCAGCUAAGCUGACCUAUGACAAGUCUCAUGACCAAGUGUGGGUCCUGAGCUGGGGGGAUGUGCACAAAUCCCAACCGAGCCUCCAGGUGAUCACAGAAGCCAGCACUGCCCAGGGCCAGCACCUUAUCCACACACCGUUCUCAGGAGUGGAAGAUUUCUUCAUUCCCCCGACAAACCUCAUCAUCAACCACGUCAGGUUCGGCUUCAUCUUCAACAAGUCCGACGCUGCCAUCCACAAAGUCGAUCUGGAAACACUGGUGCUGCUCAAAACUGUCAGCCUGCGGCAGCACGGCUGCACACCCCAGGCCAUGGCCCACACGCACCUGGGCGGCUACUUCUUCGUGCAGUGCCGACAGGACAGCCCCGAGCCCGCCGCCCCCCAGCUGCUGCUCGACAGCGUCACAGACUCGGUGGUCGGCACCAAUGGUGACGUGAGCGGCACGCCACACGUGUCCCCCGACGGGCGCUUCGUCGUCAGUGCUGCCCCCACCAGCUCCCAGCUGCACGUGCAGGAGAUCACGCUGCAGGGCCGGAUCCGGACCCUCUACAGCUUGAAAAUCAGCCCGGGCGUCUCAGACGUGGCCUUCCAGCCCUCCUUCACCCAGGGCAACCAGUACUAUGUGUACGCCGCGGCGGAGACGGAGCCGGCCCUGCUCUUCCUGGAGCUGUCCACGGGGAAGAUGGGCAUGCUGGAGAACCUAAAGGAGCCGCCUGCGGGGCCGGGCGGGCCAUGGGGAGGGCCCCGCAGGAUCGUGAGGGACAGCGGGCUCUUCGGACAGUACCUGCUCACGCCGGCCCAGGAGUCGCUGUUCCUCAUCAAUGGGAGACAAAACGCACUACGUUGUGAGGUGGCGGGCAUCAGGCGGGGGACCACGGCCGUGUGGGUGGAUGAGGUAUGAAGGGGUCCUCCCCCAGCACCGAGCAGAGCCCCGGGCCACCGAGCUCCGCCUAGUCCUCACUCCGUAGCCCCAAGCAGGCGCCCUGUACAUUUUUACAGACAAAAGCAAAACCUGUACUCGCUUUGUGGUUCAACACUGGUCUCCUUGCAAGUUUCCUAGUCUAAGGUAUGCGCUGCUAACCAGAUUGGGGUUUUUCGUUGGGAAGUAUGAGUUAUGCCUUGAGCUCCGGUGAGAACCCAUGCUGCUGUGUCAAGGAAUCAUUUCUGCGCCCAGAUCCACACCAUGUUACCUGGGGACACCGUGGAACCAAGAGCUGCUGCUGUCCAGGCUUACCUUUCCGUCGGUUGCCUUCAUGCGCUCAUUGUCCCUCACCGCCGGGUCCGGCCAGGCUUCACCCCAACGGAGUGGCCGGAAGCCAGGCCUGCAGACAGGCUCGCUGGGAGCAGGGCUUGCACUCCAGGCCUGAGAGCCACGGCCACCCACCUCCUGGACCUCCUUUUCUCCUGCACAGCUGCUUCGUGCUUUUCUUUCCAUGUGACUUGGUAUAAGCCUGAGGGAGAGCCCACAAGACUUCUUGCAUCUUGGGGAUGGGGAAAUCACUCAAUUUAUUUUGGAAAUUUUGAUUAAAAUAAUUUUUUAUAACCUCAAAUGCUCGUAAGCAGAAAGAUGCUCUCCGACGUCCAGCUCUAUUUCUCCCUGCCUUAGGCCAAGUCUCUGAGCGCCCCCACCCCACGUCCCACAGCCAGAAGGAACAAUGGUCAUCCAAGAAUAAUGCCCUCCACACCACGGAAGUCCCACAUGCAGCUCUGGCUACCACCUUGGCCAAGACUUUGUUCUGGAUUGGGACGCAAAAGACCAGGACAAACCCUGCGUGCCUGCUUUUUACCACUGAAGGGGGAGGUUUUCUUAGCCAGGCCCAGGACCCCAGAUUCAGGGUAGACUGGGCUUGCCAGGCAGAGUGGGGGGCGGUAACCUACCGAACAGUGACCUCCAGGCUCCACACAGUAACCCCAAAGACCCGUGUGGGGUCCAAGUGGGUUCUGUAGGCUAUCCGUUUUUAAAGUCCCUUUCUUUUUCUGUCUGUGGCCCACACACUCCAGUCCCUGCUUCAACACAGCCCAGACAGCACGUUUCAGGACCUCCUUACACAUGGGCCCUUCUCGCCCCAGUAACCCACGCUACAAAACCCACAAUCCCAAGGAUUCAGGGGCUGGGGAGAAGGAUACAGGCUGUCAAUGCUGCAUGAUCCCCAAUGUCUCAGACUCUGCCAGGCUAGCGGGGGCAGGGGGGUGCACAAGGAAGUACAACAGCUGGCCCAGGGAAGGGCCCUGUGGGGGAGAAUGUCCCCAGUGAAGAAGCUUCCCUGGGCCCCCAGAACCCCCCUUUCUUCUUCAUGUCAGUAGUCACAACACACCCAUAUGCUUUCUGGUUUAAGUGAUUGUUUUUCAAGCCACCUAAAGCUGGAAAAGAUCCCUUCACAGUCACCUCAGCUCACAUAGCCCCCUUCACCUGCCAACGUGGCUGAGCUUUUCCUGUGUGCUGAUCACCAGCCCCUCUCAGGAGAAGAAAGACACACCCUGCCUUGCUUUACCUACACACAGCUCCCAUUCACACUCAUCUGACUGCCCAGCCCACCCAAACCACCCUGUCCGCCCCAAUUUCCUGAAAUCGGCCUGUCCCUUGGCAUCUCCCAUGUGUCUCGGUUCACCAAACACUUGUCCACUCCAGCUCCCAAGAGUGUGGCCAGAUAUGCCCAUGCAGACUUGAGGGUUUGUUCCUGGUAAAGGAUGGAGCUACAGGUGGAGGGAAUGGCCUUCAAAGGCCGCUUUCUCACUUUCACCAGGGCUGGGACGGACAAUGCCUCUCACCCUUUCUUUUUAUUCCUGUCUCGGUCUCUUGACACCUUCACUUCUAUACUCCCACUUCUAUAGUGGAAAUUCUCCAACUUUCAUGAACUUGUCCCUUUGGGAAAAUCUUCUACACAGUGGCGGCCCCUGGGAGAGGGAAAAAAAAAAACAGUUGGGAUGAGCACUGGGUGUUAUACGCAACUAACGUAUCAUUGAAUGCUACGUCAAAAACUAAUGACAUACUACAUGUUGGCUAGCUGAACAUGAUAAAAAAGUCUCCGAGCCUACCUGAGGAAGAACCUCCCAGCUGCCAGGCCAGAGCAGCAGCCCCCCUGGGUCACAGGGUUCCUAAGUCAAAGACCAUUCAAUCCCAAAGGCCCUUUUGCACCAGGAGUGACUCCAGCCACCAAUCCUUGGCCCCAAUCUUCCAUCUCUAGGUGUGUCUGAGAAAGUAUCUCUGCCUCACGCUGACUCACCGUGUUUAGUGGAGCCCCCGGCUCAGGCCUCAAGGCGCACACUCCACAUAGGACAGCAGCCAAGCAGAGCACACAGAGGCCGCAGAGUAGCUGCCUUUUCAGCUGGGCAACCAACAGAACUGCUGGGGUCAGGGGGAGGCAGGGGAAAGGCGGGCCAGGCUGUCCCUGGCCCUUUCCAGCCCCAGAAGUGGCUCCCUGGGACACAGCUGGAAAGUCAGAGAUGGUAAGCCUUGCAGCCAGCCCAGCCAGGGAUCCUUCUGCCGAACACUCAAGUUCAGCUGACAACAACUAUUUCACACUAAAGAAGCAUUCAUCUUACAUUUAAAAAGCUGCUUUCAUAAUGAACUACUUCAAAAUUAUUCAAUUUUGAAAUAAAACUGAUUUCACAAAAAUUCAACAGUAUUUUUUUUUGUAACUCACAUAUCACCUACACCUUUGCUGAUACUAAAGAUUUGAAACGGAGGUACAUGUGCUCCUUCUGCCCACAUGAGCAGAACCCUACAUGGGGGCUCUGGGUCCACAAAGCCCACCCAGCCUUGCACAGAUGGCUGGUAGGAAGAGGGAUUCGUUGGCUUCCAGGCAACUGCGUGGACUCCCCAUGCAGAAAGCCUGGGUGUGGAGUACACGCCUUGUAAAUGCCACCCUCUCCGCCCCAGCAACCUGCUUGGGGCUGGCCCAGUCUUCUUCCCAUGGUCUCCCAGGCAUUUAAGGAUCCCACUACCUUCCCAGAACUGCUGGAAGAACCUGGAAGUGCCCCAUGAAGUCGGGCUGGGGCCAAGCACUAAUACCAAGCUACAGGAACCUGAAUCUCGAGGCAUUGUGAGCAGAGACAGCAGCUCAGUCCCCACCCCGCCCCACCCGACCCCAGCCAUUUCCUUUCCUUCCUGCUCCUCUGUGCAGGAAGGGGCUCCCAGUUCCAGGAAGGGCCCCGAGGAUAGCUCUCAACCCCAAGGAACACAGGGAGCCUCCUGCUGCCCUAGGCAGUCUAACUGCUGAGACUUCAUUUAGGAGAGCAGCCAGAAGUGGGCUUUGUGUGGCCACAACUUCUUUUCUGUUGACCAGUAACCUGUGAACUAAAGGAGAAUCCAGAAUGGAGACAUGCAACAGAUCCACUCUGGAUAUAUUUUUCUACCAGGGGCUUAUGACGUCACCCAUUCAUUUCUCACUGUGUGUUUCACUCACAUACCACGGACGCUGAACCAUCUUCAUCACCAAUCUCACAACUCUGUCUCGGGUCCUCCUUUCCACUGGGAAGGCUCCAGGUUGCUGAUGCCACAUCUCACUCCCUCCCAUGCACCUACCGGUCUACCUCACCUUCUCCUCCCUGCACCCAGCUCCUCUGGAAGCUGUCCUCCCACCCACCACCCACCCUGAAGACCAACUGUGACAUAUGCUGACAACCAUGCUCUCCUCCCCACCCAGAACCCAGAUCCUUCUCCAAGUGCGAUCAGAACCCACUGGGACACAGCCCUUUGCUGCCCAGAAUCAUGACCCCCCGUGCCCUACCUUGCAGCCUUUCCAAGAGAGGUGAUCAAGACCAGAGCAAACUCCCAGGUGUCAGGGAAGUGAAUUAUUGUCAAACAGAAACUGUCGGACAGGAAUACAGACGGUGAUGACUCACCCAAGCUUUAUCCCUUAGAAGACCCGAACUACACCUUCCUCAUUUCCAGUUUAUUCUCUGCCUUGCUGGAUCCCCCUACCCCAUGCCUCGGGCCUCCUGUGCAUCAGUCGUGCCACAGCUUUUACAAUUUGAGGAGCAACUGACCUACUGUCAUACCAGCUCCCCCAAUGGCCUUUGCCCCAUGCUGCUACCUUGCUUUCAAGUCCAAGUAAGAAGUCCCUCACAGGGCCAGAUGCUACUAUUUGCUCCCAGACUAGCAUGUAGGCAGAGCAGUUUUGUUCAACAAAGUCAUUAGCUGCCAUGUUUUCUCUUCAAAAUUGUCAAGAUUAUAGAACAGAGAGGCUUAGAAGAUUCAAAGAAGAAAACAGUGCCUAUGCUCGAGGUCUGACCACAGACCCCAAAUCCCUGAUGGAGUGCAAGCCACUUCCUGCUCUGGUCUACACCAGACUACCUAAGUUACUUGAGAACUUGCGCAUCUUCUGGGAGCCUGCAGACUUCAGGCACCAGCCACCCCGCUGACACCAGGAGCCCUGCAAGCACCUUCUCACACCUUCUUUGGAGCUGUGGACAGCAAUGGGGAUUUACCCAAACACAAUGUGUGAAAUCACGCAAAGUAUGGGGAAAGCAGAGACUGGCUUCCAACACUGACAGCAAGGUUCCUGGAGCCAGCACCAGAGUGUUGACCGUGUACUUUCUGUCACUAUUCUUGGACAAACCUACCAUUCACACACCCCUCUUUCCAAGCUCGUCUUAACUAAUAUGGCCCUAGAGAACAUGGGCCACACCCCAAAGGGUUCUAGAAGGCUUAGCCUGCACUCCACAAAGCAAUAACGAUUGACUGGCCCCCACGCCCAGCAGGCGACCUCGCCACACGUCACCACGGCAGGAUCGGAGAAUGCUGCCCUUUAGGGAUAUGCUCUUCAAGAUCGGAACUCCGUUUUCUUGGCUGAUCAUGGGGCCUGAGUGCUCUCCAAUGAGAAAAUUCCCAAAAUCUCAUCCUUCGUCCACUGCCCAGGGUGACAUCUGCCAUCAGUUUAAGAGUUGUUGGUCCCCUGCUACUUGAGCUGCUUCAGACAGGUGUGGGAUAACAGGUCCAUAAGCUGUCACCCCAGACCCCACGGCACACCCAGGCUGGCUCCUGUGGCUGAUUAGACCCCCUUCCUGGCCUGGCCCCAUCACACCCCACUGUUCUCCCCUCUGCUUGCACUCUCUGAAGGCCAUGCGAAAUGAUCUUGGAACAAAAGUGGGCAUGGUGUGUGGCUGGAGUGAUCACACACAUGCUGUUUCACACUCUAGUGUAGCUGAACAGCCCUCAAGAUAGGAAGUCACAGGCACAUCCUUUGUCCCGUGAAGAUUCUCAUCCUCCCCCACCUCAGAAAACUUUCAGAUCUCUUAUUUCAAGGCAGAUACAUUAUUUUGAGCUGUUGUGUAGACACCAAAAUAUAUUUUCUGUAAUCACCAGUAUUUCUCAAAAGGCCUCCUGUAAUUAUUAUACAUGUGAAUUUUUCCUUAUUUAUAAAAUAUAUAUAAAUUAUUUUUAAUACAUCAACUUUAGUAGAAAUUUGUACCAACACAGUAACUGUAUGUGGCAUAUGAGAUAAGUUUGUGUUUACUUUGACGUAUUGCACCGUAUUAAACACACCGUGUAACCACAGUACCACUUGAUAUGAAGACGACUCACAGAUUAUCAUGAAGUAUUGUCAUUGUAAAUGCUCUUUUUCUGAGGAUUUUACAAUAAAACU